AUGAUGAGACAUUAUUUGUUACCGCAAUGCCUAUUUUUAUUUGUUUUCGUGGGUAUUGUUAGAUGUCAGGUUUUGCCGCCAAAUGAAUUAAACUCUGCAAUUUGGAUUAUUCAAAAUUAUGGAUCCUCAAUAGCACAAAACGAAGGGGCUAUAUGCAAUAGUAAUGGUCAAUUUGUUUGUACCGAUAUAUCAGGAGUAAACCAUAUUACAGAAGUAGCAUUACUUGUACAAGCUUAUCAAAAUGUUGGUCCCCCAGAUGCAAACCUUCUUGUUUUUGAUUUCCCAGAGAUAAAACAAUUUACAAUCAGCUUACCGUCAUCAUUACAAGUAGGAGGAGCAUUAAAUAUUCUUGAAAGAACAAAAAACUUUCCAAAGUUAGGAAGUUUUGUUAUGAGAUAUGAUAAUGCUUUGACUAUUAUUCCUAAUGAUUUUCCAACAAACAUGCCAAUGAUGACAUUACUGAUAUUAGAGUAUUGCGCAUUUACCGAUAUUCCUGUAUUCUUUAACAACACUGCUGCAAUACAAGUCAGCAUUCGAAGUAAUACUCUAAAAACCGUAAACUUUGGUCAGAGUUUGUAUCUUCCUAGAUUGGGAUCGAUUGAAAUUGACCUUUGCCAUGACACACCACAAACAUGGGAUUUUGGAGCUUCAUCAUUCCCAGCCUUGUAUUUUUUAACAGUAACAAACAAAGUUGCCCUUCCUCUAACCAUUUUCAUGCAAAAGGCGAUUCAAAUUCUCAUUGGAAGCACAACCCAUGGAAGUUUUCAUUUUGGUAUUAGCAACCCUUCUGAAAUUAAAUCUAUUGGAAUAGAUGGAAUUUCAUCAACUUUGAACCCACCUCUAAGUAGUUAUCCCAAACUUGAAUACUUGACAAUGUCAAAUGGAGGAUAUACAUCGUUCCCAUUCAGUCAAUUCCCGGAAUCGUUGAUAGGUCUUACUAUGACCUCAAACAAUUUUACUUCCUACCCACCUAUCCCUGCAUCUUAUAAGAUGAUCAUUAUCGAUUUGACCGAAAAUACUAUUUAUGGAGACAUACCUUGGCAAUUAUUUAAUAAUGUAUCAAACAUGAGGCUUGUUCUUGAUAAAAAUCCCCUUGUCACUGGAUCUGUCCCAUCUUCAUUUUGUUCAAACAAACUUUUCAUUUCGGGAACAGCAAUUUCUGGUAUUCCAGGCAAAAACAAUCAAGUUAUCAAAACUGACAUUCCUUUGCAACCUGGUUUCGAAUGUCAAAUCUCUUUUGAAUCAACAGAUUUGAUUUCUAUAUUUGGACGUACUGAAAUAAAAGGAACAAAUAUAGGAUAUGGAUCAUACAAUUUAUUCCCAAAAAUUUCAAAUAGUGAGCUAUAUUAUGUAGAACCAAUUCAAUAUGGUCCAAGAAGAAAUAUAACGAUUCAACUUGAUGAAUCUUAUCCCGAAUAUACAUUUGACUUUACAAUUUUGGAGGUUGGAUUUGAGAUUCAGUCAGUGACCUAUACCCAAGUACCAAUUGGAAUUUUAACGAUUACUAUUACAUUUUCGUAUUCUAGUGCUGAUGUUCCUCACUCUCUCUCAAUUAAUGGUACAGCUGUUUUGAGAAAUGUUUUGAUUCAGGGUAAUACUCUUGUCUACAAUCUUACCAAUCCUGUAGUAUCGGAAAGCUACGUCCUUUUUAUCUCGAAUCAAUAUUAUAAUAUUACACGACCACCAAUGGCUUUUAUUCAAAAUUAUCCUCUGGUACAAGGUUGGAUAUCAAGAGAAUAUUCUAAAAUUGGUGCAAGUUAUUCAUUUAGUGGACAAUAUGGAACAAACUUGAUCGACCCAAUAGUUUAUUUUAAUGGAAACUCUUCCAUUUGUAAUGUUACCUCUGUCUCUGAGACUGUUGUGAUAUGUACACAGGUUGGUUAUGUAGCGUCUGGACUAACCAAUAUAACUGUCUCUGUAGAUGGAUUUACCAGUGCUCCAGAACCAUUUAUAUUCUACAAUAUGGAAACAGUUUGCCAAGUGACCACUGCCAAUUGUUCUGGUCAUGGUGUUUGUAGCCCAGAUGGUAUUUGUCUAUGUAAUAUUGGAUUUUAUUCCGAUGAUUGUUCAAAACAAUAUCCAUUAUUAACGUCUGGAUCAUACAAUCAAAAUGAUAGAAAGUUGAUUACUUUGUAUGGUGAUUUUGGGCCAUCUAAUCAAUCAACAGUAACAGUUGUUAUUAAUGAAACGUUGCCAUGUACUGUUACAUUCUUUUCACAAGAAUCAUUGAAUUGUUCUCUUCAAAAUAAUCCUUCUCCAGGAUUGGUUUCUGUUUUUGUCCAAGUUAAUUCGUCAUCUGUUACUGCCAAAAAUUUCAUUUAUUUCCGUGCUCAAUCAAAUGGUGGCGGUAGCAGCUCAAGUACUGGUUCUUCAUCAACAACCACUACGUCAUCGUCAACAACCACCACUACCUCGACUACUUCAACAAGUGGAGGAGAUCCACCAAUAUUAGAAUGCCCAUUUAAAUGUUUUGGUCAUGGUGAUUGUGUCAAUGGACAAUGUCAAUGUUAUCAAGGAUAUGUAGUUGAUGACUAUUGUUUGACCAAGAUUAUAAACAAUACAAUCGAACCCAAUACAACUGCUCCAACCACAUAUUUCAAUAUCGAUGGUUUGAAAUUCCUUUUCGAGGUGGUUGCUGUUCAAGAAAUUGAUUUUGACAAUAAUAUCGUCAAAGAAGUAUUCACUAAUAACUGGAUUUCAUCGGUUGCUAAAGACAAUGUCACCGAGACAACCACAGUUCACUACCAACUCAACAGCACAGCCAUGGAUCCAACAACCAAUGUUUUUGCAACCAUAUCCUUCUCUAAUCAGUCGCGUAACAUUCCAUUUGGUGAUCAAACCCUUUCCAUUAAACCAAACAGCAUUAAAUUGUCAGUUGAAGUCCAUCAAUGGCAAUAUGAAUCGAUCUUGACAACCCUUCGAGUCAUCUUUAAAACUACAAUCAACAAUGACCAAUUCAUCGAAUACGAUUGUGACAAGCAAAGUGUUGACAGUUUGACUCUGGAUCAACUGUCAUCAUCGAUUCAAUAUCUUAGAGUCAUCAAAGAUAAUAUUCAAUUCACUGGUCGUUUUGUAGAUUAUGUCUUGUCGGAUGGUAGACAAGCAUUUUCAAAGACAUCUCUCAUCAAUCAAACAGAGUUGAAUCAAGAUGAAUCUGCUAUCCUCAUUGGAGUAAGCACACCACAAUGUCAAUCAUGUAUCCUUGAUCCAGAUUUCUCUCCAUUAUUGAUUGACAAGAGUGAAGAUUCUGGUUGUGAAAAGAAAUCAAAUGCAUGGAGAAUAGCUGUUGGUGUAUCUGUCGGUGGUGUCGCUCUUAUCGCAGCAACCAUUAUAGUUAUUAAAUUUACUAGAGAUAAAGCUAGAAAUGCAAAGUAUCUAAAAACAAUGCAAGAUAAAUUAAAAAGAUUAUCAUCUCAUGAUUAA